UUUGUUUCGAGUUCCUGUUGAUGGUAAUCCAGUGGAUGAUCCUUUACAACGUGGCCGCUUUCUCAGCAGUUUACAGCUCUGGCAGUACCAUGCCCCUGGCUUUCAGUCCGCUUCCUGGGGUCGGCUACAGGAGAUCGGAUAUAGAGCUCACCAUAAAAUUGCUGUGGACGGCUUAUUUAAUAUUUCUGUUUGGCUCCCUCCUGCAGAGACCACGCCCCCUCCCUGCAGAUUCACAGGCCCCCCCUGAUCCCUCCCCCUCACCGACCCGGCAGCCUAUAACCUACCCGGGUUUCCGCCCAUUCCUCCACAGUUGAUUCUUUAGGAUGGUUUUGUCAUGCAAAUAAAGGACGCGUAAAAUAUUCCCCCAGAGCGCUGCGCAGGGCAGAGACUCGCGCGGAGGACACAGACCGGGCCACACGGUGGAUUUGUUUCGUUUUCGUCGCUACGGACCCGUCCAUCUGUCACAGACGCCCUGGCAAGGAGCAGCGACAUAUAGCCGGGACGUGUAGCCAGGAAUCAGGUCGGACCGUUCAAGGAAACCCUGCGGAGGCUGCCCUGUGGAGAUAGUCGUCAUUCUUCCAAUUUCCCCAAGUGAAGUCGGAGCUGUCUCUUCUCCAUCCCCUGCUAUAGGCUACCUGCUGCUACAAAGGGGAAUACGUCUAGAGACCCCUGGAUCGCUUGAGAGUACCCUUUUAUAUUUUAGGGAUUUUAGGAUCUCUCAAAUAUUAACAUUUUUUUGCACACCAAGUGUGUUAUUUCCUCUUUUGUCCUUUUUGGGAUAUAUACAUUGAUCUUUUUUUUCUGUUUUAGUACUUUAAUGUGCCUUAACAACUGGUUAUAAUCCAGUGUAAGUGUGGCAUUGUCACCAGACCAGAGACGCUCAACAGGGAGAAGACGAUUAUUAUCAGCUUCAGAGCCCAGGCAGGAUUACUGGUCCCCCCACCCUCCAGCGAGCUGCAACCAUGAGCCAGGCGGAUGUGUCGACUUGCUCCGCGCCACAGAGAGUUUUCCAGGAGGCGGUGAAGAAGGGCAACACCAAGGAGCUGCACUCUUUGCUGCAGAACAUGACAAACUGCGAGUUCAACGUCAACUCCUUUGGGCCGGAAGGACAGACGGCCCUCCACCAGUCUGUCAUUGACGGCAACCUGGAGCUGGUAAAACUGCUGGUGAAGUUUGGUGCAGAUAUCCGGCUGGCCAACAGGGAAGGGUGGAGCGCUUUACACAUCGCCGCCUUCGGGGGCCACCAAGACAUUGUGCUAUACCUCAUCACCAAGGCCAAGUACUCCUCUGGCGCCCGGUGAUCUGUCUCUGCUGUCAGGUAAAAUAAGAAAAUAAAAAAAUAACAACAGGUGGAAAAUCAAACUCCAAUACACGGAAAAGUCAGGCUCUUGUAAAAAGCAAAAAAAAAAAAAAAACUGCCAUUAUCUACAUAGUUGUGCCAAAUUAAAACAAGGAAAUAAAACUAGACCUGCACAAUACUCUUCCCUCAUUGUAAACCAAACGGGGCCCUCUCUGCACUCCUGAGCGACGCACCGCAUGGUUCACACACAGCGCUUCAACACGAAUCUUUAACAAAAGAAACGCCAUUUCGGUGAGUUUGUUGGUACUAAAGCUUUCCUCUUGAAUGUGUAUCGUCCACUAUAAAAAAAAAAAAAA